UUAGUUAUUGAAAAGUGCAUGCCGUGGCAAAGGAUCCUUCUCUGAGCUGGAAUUUCACAGAGCCCACACCCACACCCUGCCUCGCUGGCGAUUUUUCCCAACUGCUAGUAAGGCCUUCGCUCUUUUGAACGCCCACACCAACUCCGGGCAAUCUGUUCGUCGUGCCAAGUUGGGCACGACUUGUUCCCGGAAGUGUUUUGCACCUAGAGCAACUACUACUAGGCUGUGAGGGAACGAAGGUCACCUGCUGAAAAGAUCAGAAUGGGAUUCAUCUUUUCAAAGUCUGUCAAUGAAAGCCUAAAGAAUCAGAAGGAAUUCAUGCUUAUGAAUUCUCGACUUCAGCUAGAAAGGCAACUUCUGAUGCAAAAUCAAAUGCGUGAGAGACAGAUGGCCAUGCAGAUUGCGGGCACAAGGGAGUUUCUCAAGUAUUUUGGAUCAUUUUAUGGCCUUACAACGGUGGCCCUAACAAUUGGAGCAAUAAAAAAGAAGAAACCUCAACUCUUUAUUCCAGUUAUACCUCUGAGCUUUAUACUUGCCUUUCAGUACGAUAAGGGGUAUGGAACUUUACUACAAAGAAUGAAAUGUGAAGCUGAGAACAUAAUUGACACAGACUAUGCUGCACUAGAAAUGCCAAAAGGGCCUAUCACUUUUGAUGAUCUUGAAAAAGCCAGAAGAGCACAAAGCAAAUUUUUUAUUGAGAAAUAAAAUAGGUACAAUAUUCACAUAGACAUGUCCUUGUAUAUUGGAUUUCUUAUAAGCCAUACAAUUAUUUGGAUUAUUUAUUUUCCCUAACCUAUCCAUCAUGCAACAUUAACUGAGUUGUGGUAAACCAUUAAUACGUAUUAGCUAUCCUGAGAAAGUAAGUCACUCAAAGUUUCUAUGAAUUCUGAGUACAUACGAUACAGGUAGUUCUCAAUUAUGACCAGAAUUGAGGCCAACAUUUCUCUAAGUGAGACAUUGUUAAGUGAAUUUUGUCCUAUUUUAUAACCUUUCUUGCCACAGUUGUUAAGUGAAUCACUGCAAUUAGUAGCAGAGUUGUUAAGUAAGCCUGGCUUCCCCAUUGUGAUGACCCAGGGUGUGGCACAAAGGCAAUACAGUCAAAUAAUAAGUAAGAGUCCC